AUAAUAAAAAAUCUGAAAGUGUGCUAUCCCCAUAGAUUAGCUAAAAAGACAUAAAGAUGCCGCGCAUUGGACGUUUGCAAUGAAAUAUAAAAUUCUUAGGAGACAGCUACUUCAGACCAAGUUGUCCUCAGAGGAUGUAGGAAAAGAAUUGAAGUUUAACCAUUCAUCGUUUCCUCUCUCCGACAGGGAGAGAAAUGGCUUGGUGGAACUCAGUUCCGCUGGAAAUCACGUACCAGGUUCUGGGAUGGACUUCUUUCUUGUCGUGGACCUUGGGUUUCUACCCACAAGUCAUCUUGAAUUUCCGCAGGAAAAGUGUGGUGGGGAUGAGCUUCGAUUUUGUGGUGCUGAAUUUGACGAAGCACUCCUCGUAUCUGAUAUACAACGCGUCCCUCUUCUUUAGCCCCACUGUUCAGAAGCAGUACUACGAAAAGUACGGCUAUGGAGAGAUGAUCCCUGUAGCUGCAAACGAUGUUGCUUUCUCUACCCAUGCUGUUCUUGUGACAGCACUUCUCUUGUUCCAAAUUGUAAUAUAUGAACGCGGAAGCCAGAAGGUUUCCAAGAUAGCCAUUGCAAUUGUCUCUGCUGUGUGGCUAUUUGCUGCUGUUUGUUUUUUCAUAGCUUUGCCAAGUCAUUCUUGGCUUCAGCUAAUCUCCAUCUUUAGCUCGAUUCAAGUUUUUAUGACAGUCAUCAAAUAUAUUCCCCAGGUGUUUAUGAAUUUUAAGCGCAAAAGCACGGAUGGAUUCAGUAUUGGCUAUAUUUUACUCGAUUUUUUUGGAGCGUUGACAAGUUUCUUGCAGAUGGUUGUGCAGUCUAUAGAUCAAGGUUCUUUGGUGAACUUUUAUGGAAACAAAGGGAAGAUGUUGUUAUCUCUGGUAUCCAUGUCCUUUGACAUUAUAUUCAUGUCCCAACGUUUUGUUCUCUAUCCUGUCAAGCAACCCCAAGUCUGUCCCAAACUCAUGGAGGAAAGCAGAGAGCUGCUUGUUGAGUGUCCCGAUCGCCCGCACUCAGAAAAUAUAUAAAGCUUAGCUGUUAGCUCUGUUCAUAAUCUAAAAGUUCAGUCAAGUUUUGUAAUCUUUCUCAACAGAAACAAAUGAUUUGAUUUGGAAGGCAGUAGCUACGGGGUAUGAAUAUUGUGUUUGUGAGUAAUAAGUAAUAAAGGUAUUUGUUCCACUU